CCGCUAGCGGGCUGAGACCAGCGCAAGUUCUAGCCUUGCCUGUACCUUGAGAAACACAACUGCAGCCAAAACCUUGAUCAUUAUUUAUUUUCGCUCUCGCCGCUGCCAUUUUUCUCCUCAUUGUUUAUGCCGUUCCCGUCGAUACACGUCCCUCGUCGCCAAUCUCGCUCAAGCCCGUAAUGAUAGCGCAGUGUAUUACGCUAUGACUAUUGACACCGCACUCGAUGCUGGUCUGUCCGGCGACAACGGGAUGGCGUCGGUCACGGAUGGCCUCCUCCAGUCCAACUCAGAAAACAGCGCAACGCUUCCCGCGGGAAGAAAUGUUUUCUUGACUCUGACAGAUGAUGCGCUCAUUGUUGCUGAUAAAGGCAUCAAGUCGAAGUCACAGCGCCGUUGCUGCAGUUUUCCAACCCCUGGCUCCGCUUCGCAAUCUAUCCCGUAUUUCAACAUCCUCUGGGCUGAACUUUCUGACGACUAUAUUACGAUUAAAUAUGCCGACCAAGUUACCAAGAAAGAUGUCACCCUUCGUUCAGUGCAAUAUUCAGUCAACCUUGAGAAUAAAUCCAAAGCUAAAACAUGGACCCAGGAACUUCUCGACUUGGCCUACGGCAAAGCGCAACGGCAAAAGCGCAUUAAAGUCCUCAUAAACCCCUUUGGUGGAAAAGGCCACGCCCCAAAAGAUUACCUCAGAUAUGUUGAGCCAAUUUUCGCAGCCGCUAAAUGCCAAGUCGAUGUCGAAUCAACAAGUCACCGAGGGCACGCAGUCGACAUCGUGGAGAAGCUUGACGUCAAUGCAUAUGAUGUUGUCGUAGCCUGUUCGGGAGAUGGUAUACCUUACGAGAUCUUUAAUGGGCUAGCCAAGAAGCCAAAUGCGAGCGAAGCUCUGCGGAAAAUUGCCGUGGCUCACAUCCCUUGCGGGUCGGGAAACGCAAUGAGCUGGAAUCUCAAUGGAACUGGCAGGGCCAGUCUGGCCGCCGUUUCUAUUGUCAAGGGCUUGAGAACUCCACUUGAUUUAGUCUCCAUCACUCAAGGUGAUAAACGCACAGUGUCAUUUUUAUCCCAGUCCUUUGGUAUUAUAGCUGAAUUAGACCUGGGUACCGAGAAUAUCCGAUGGAUGGGCUCUGCGCGAUUCACAUACGGAUUCCUGGUACGACUGCUUGGAAAGACAGUCUAUCCCUGCGACCUUGCUAUUAAGGUCGAACUCGACAAUAAAGAAUUGAUUAAAGAUCACUACCGCGCUGGGUCCCAAAGAAGAAGCCUUGACCAACUACGCGAUGAAGAAUCAUCAGACGCUGUCGGUCUCCCACCAUUACGGUAUGGCACCGUGAACGACCCGCUACCCGAAGGCUGGACUCUGGUGCCACACGAUAAACUAGGCAAUUUCUACGCGGGCAACAUGGCAUAUAUGGCUGCGGACACCAACUUCUUUCCCGCCGCACUCCCCAACGACGGAUGUAUGGAUCUCAUCACAGUGAACGGCGACAUUAGUCGACGGACUGCAAUCCAGAUGCUUAUGUCUGUUGAAGAUGGCGCGUUCUUCGAUAUGCCCGAGGUCAACGUGCGGAAAGUUACUGGCUACAGAAUUAUCCCCAGAGACCGGAAAGAAGGAUACAUCAGUAUUGAUGGGGAGCAGGUGCCAUUUGAGCCUUUCCAAGCGGAAGUCCAUAAAGGACUUGGAACGGUCCUAUCCAGAUCUGGAUACAAAUAUGAAACUAACGGAUUGAAGUGAAGAUGAUGGGUGAUGACAUCAUCUCACCCCUUUUUGUUUCACUGCUGCUGCCUUCACAUUGAUUAUAUUUAUCUUCUGUGAUGGGAUACAACUAGCUACGGGUUUGUGUUUUCUGAUUGUUGCUUGUUGCCUGUACAAUUGCGCUUCUCUUUAUUCUUUUCUCUUCUCUUUUGCUUUCGUUUAAUGCUGUUCACUACAAAUACUAAACCGAGCUCUAUAUCAAGAAAAAGAUACCCCUGCCCCUGACUGUCCAUCAUGUAUAUGCAACUUGGCUCCAGCAUCCCUCUUCUCUAGUUCUCAUUCGACUUGCAUAAAUACGCUAGACACACUGGUAUAACUCUUUACAUCUUUCCCCUCUCCCUUGCGUGUAAAAACUUAGCGAUAGGUAGUUACUUUUCUUAAAACUUUCUCUGUAUAAAAGAAUACGGGAUGUUGGCAUUCGUUCUUAAUGGUAGUAACCAUUGAUAGAUACAUACUAUUUCACUUGGUUUCCUUUCUCG